AAUGCUGUAUAGAUUUUAUAUCUAAGUGCCAAUGGUCAAAUAAGCCUUCAGUCUGUCUUUAAGCUUGAUUGGAUCAACUUCUCCUUCAUCUCGCGCGGUGGUGUGGAAAAACAUAUUUUAAUUUCAAUAAUGACAUCCAUCAAAUUGUUCGUCCUUGUGGCUUGUGUCUUAGGAUACUCUAAUGCCCAGUUUGGUUUUGAUAAACUUGCAUCGGCAGUGGCGCAACCUUUUGCAAAGCAACUUCUUGAUGUCAUGACACCGAAAAUCUUGCUUUUGGAAUACAAAAAUGUACCAACAGAAGAAGGAUAUCGUUUCAAUUACAAAACAUCCGAUGGCUCCUACCGCGAGGAAGUUGGUAUGCUGAUGAACCCAGGAACUGACCAAGAGGAACUCGUUGUUAUGGGUGCAUACAGUUAUACCGAUGGAGAUAUUGAAACAACUACCAUGUACACUGCCGAUAAGAAUGGUUACAGACCCAGAGUUCAACUGAAAAACCGUGGAGUAUCACCAAAGCUUCUUCAAUCCCUAUCUGGUUAAGCCAUAAUUAUAGUUAAUUUAAGUUAUUAAAUUAAUGUUAAUGUUUUACGAAAUAAAAAAUAGAUACAAAAAAAACAUAA